AUGGACCGACGAAAUAGCGACGAGGGCAACCCGCCGCACCCGCCCCAGAACCCCGAUGUCUUCGACGACGAGUACGCGCUGGACCCAGAUGAAGACGACUUUAUGCCCUCGGUAUCGGAUGGCUUCCACCCGGCAAGCGCGAACACGAACGAAGUCCGCCACGACCGCCCGAUCCAUGACGAGCACGAACCGUUGCGACCGCAGACCACGCAGCCAAAACCGCCAGAAGGGACUGACCUCAGGAGGAUGGCGACGCGCAACAGCAUAGCCAAGGUUCCGUAUAGCUUGGAUACAGCUGUACAGAACGGCCCACAACGUGGCGCGCAUCAGCGAGGGCCCAGUUCGCAGGCGACGCCCUUGCAGCACCGCGCAUCGGUCAGCUCGACCGCCUCCUUUGCUACCAUGACCAAUUCAGACGGCCCGUUCAGCUCAGGCCCAAGCCAUCCAUACGGCAUGUACCCACAGAACACCAUCGCGCGUAACGCAAGCAUAUCAACGACAUCCACACAACAGCAACAACCAUCGGCGAUACCACAACAUCCAACAGGACCCAGUCACCCAUAUGGCAUGUACCCGCAGAACGUCGUUGAGGACGAGCCGCCUGUUCCAGCGGUACAGACGGCCAUUCCCGUUGGCUUCCCAGGAAUCUCCACCGGUUUUCACAGACAGAUAGGACCAGAUGGAGAAGAGCAAGACAUCGUAGGACCCUUUGGACACACGGAGCAGCUCCCACCAUACUCACGGUACCCUGAGGAAGGACCUACCAAGGCGUCGAUGGCCGCGGAAGCGAGUGCCACUCCGUUGGAGGCGAGGUCAAAUCCCAUGGCUGCGUCCAGUGACACCCUGUUAAUAGAUGCGGCGCCUCCUGCACCUCCGUCUCCUGUGUCUCCCGUCUCCCCGUUAGCUCCUGUCGCACCCGCUCGCCUACCCCAGCAGCGUCCGGAGACACAAACCGGCAAUGUGGCUCCACGGCCCGCGACUACAUCUGAAUCGGCCUCAUUGUUGACAACAACGGACGACAGUGUUGUUGCCGAGAAGGUGGAGCCGGAGCCGAGUGUAAAAAAACAGAGCUGGCGGAAAAAACGGCUCUGGGGUAAAGUGCCCGUGACUGUCGCCCUUGUACUGCUCGUACUCUUGCUUAUAUUCGCUAUCGUGCUCGGCGCCGCGAUCGGCACCUUUUUGACCAAGAAUAAGGAUAAACCUAAACAAGAUAAAGAUCAUUCCAGCCACGACAAACCCUACCAGGCAUCCUUGGAAACAUUCGUCGCCCCAGAUGGGAGCAUACAGUAUGGACUGCAGCCUCCUGUGGUACCUCCGUCGACAUUGCAGCUCGUUACCGAUCUCGACUACAGAGGCUACGGUCCUGCGUGGCAUUUCUCGGGACGUUACGACAAGGUGGUCGUCCUGCAGCCUGACGAGUUUGCCGCCGGCAAUGGUCUUCGAAAGCGUGAUGAUGAUCCUAACAAGCCAUCUUUUCGCCAUCGCUUUCAGGUCAUGCCUGGCGACAACCCUUGGUACUGCGUCUGGAACUCGACGUAUAUCGAGGGCUACAUCUACGUCACAGACAACUCAACUGCUGCCACGAUGACCAACUACCCUACCCCCAAUCCUUCUGAUCCGUUUCCCGAAAUGAUGACCCCAACGGCUACAGUAUCAACGUCAAGCGCUGAAAAUUCAUCCGCGUCUACCACUCCGCCGCCUACGAAGAGAACCCCUCAACAGCGUGACGAUGGCUCCAAUUUCCGCUUCCCAUUCCCCUAUCCUCGCAUCGUCAAGAUCGAAGAGCGACGUCUCCCUGGCGCUCCGCAACCCUACUGCCAGAAAAUGCAACUGCUCGACAACGGACAGAUUGCUCCAGCAUCCGGUAGCAACGGCGGAAACGUGAUUGUCUGGCUCCAAGAGGCCGAUCCGCGGAUAGAUGAGUUCUUUGGUGCACCUUCAGGUCCACCACCCGCACCUUCGUCGACUCAAAAAGCGAAGACACGGAGGCAACAGGAGAAGAGAACGGAUCCAUCUGACGCUUGCCACUGCCAGUGGAUGUUUCAAUAA